AUGGCGGGUCGUGAGGUUCUCAUUAAAGCUGUUAUUCAGUCUAUUCCUACUUAUACGAUGUCGCUUUUCAAACUUCCCAUGUCUUUCGUGAAUAGUAUCCAUGGUAUGUGUGCCAGAUUCUGGUGGGGUGGUGAUGACACCAAACAAAAGAUGCACUGGUGUACUUGGGGGCGACUUUGGUGGCAUAAAGAAGAUGGUGGUAUGGGCUUUCGGGAUUUACACCUUUUUAACCAAGCUAUGCUAGCUAAACAAGCGUGGCGGCUUUAUGAUGACCCGAGUUCCCUAGCAGCUAAGGUUCUGAAAGGCUUGUAUCACAGGAAAAAGCCCUUUGGUUCUAUGGUUAAAUCUAAGAAUGGUUCUUUUGUCUGGAAAAACAUUUUAUGGGGAAAGGAGUUGUUUGAUGCUGGAUCUAUUUGGAGAGUUGGGAAACGGUAA